UUGACCUUCCAGUCUCUAGAAGUGGGUGUGAUCAUGAUAACUCACACUGUAAACACCCGAGGCCAGAGUUUCCUGAGUGGAGCGGGAGGGGAAAGAGGAACAACAGCGCAGAGCAGCAAAGCAGCAACUGUGAACUUUUUAUUUGGGUCACUGAAUAUGUUCAUGCCAAAGGUUUUCCAGUUUUAUUUUUCCCCAGUUUAACGAUGUGCCAUGCUCUCCAGAGGACAACAAAUGGGCUGGUCUCCUUCAGAUUCUUCCUGUGUGAAGCUCUAUCUGUGCUCUAACCCAGAGGAUAGCGUGGUGGAGCGCAGAGCUCUGAGAGAGAGUGUGUUCCCCAAACUUAGAGAGCACUGUAGACACACACUGGGACUGGACGUCAGGGUGAUAGACCCAUUUGAGUCCAGUGAUCCCAGUCGUUGGCCAGAUGUAAACACCAGACAGCAGCUGAUUAAAGAAUGCAGAAGAAGCUCCGCAGGACUUUUUUUACUGGCCCUGGUGGGACAUCAGUACGGCACAGCCGGUCUGCCCGCCCAGGUGGAGGUGUCAGAGUACCAGCUGCUGCUGCAGGAGAGCCAGCAGGCGGGCGUCAGCACCCAGGAGCUUGAGAGAGUGUACCAGAGGGACGAGAACACCGUCCCUCCCUCCUACUGCCUGACACCUCCACACAGACACACCUGCUGCCCUCAGCAGGCAGAGGUUGAAGAGGAAGAGGAGAUGAAGGCUAAAAAAGAAGAGCUGAGGAAGAUGUUUCAGACUGCUGUGAGUCUGUGUGUCCACAAUGGUGUCAUAAGCCCAGAGAGAGCCCAGAGCUACUACCGAUCAGCGCUCGACACAGAUCUGCGAUUUGCUCUGGACACCCGUCCUGAUAGUGACAUCAUCAGACACUGUCUGGUUUACAUCCACACGGUCGUCAACGCAAAAGGAGAGACACAACUUCAGACACAGUCAGAGGCUGCUACCUUUGACCUACAGACAGCACCGACUGAUGGACAAUUAUUCUCAGACCUUUGUGACAACUUCCUCCCUGGCCUCAUCACUUCCUCCCAGCUUCUAGUCUACACAACCACCACCGAGUGUGACCGGCGCCAUGGUUACACGACAGCCAGGAGACGGGGCUAUGCAGAGUCUCUGUGCCAGCAGGUGUACUCUGACCUGGUGGGGUUGAUUGAGAGCUGGAGCAUCUUAGAAAGCAGAGAAGGCUCCCAGCUCGGCGAUGCUUUGGCCAGAGAGCAGGCGGAGCAGGAGGAGCUGUGUGACGUCCUGGCAAGAUUUUAUGACGUCAUUCGGCCGGAGGAGGAAAAGGUCAGGGCCUAUGUGGAGCAGAGCAAACAACAGCGUCCACUAGUGGUGACAGGAGGACCGUGCACAGGGAAGACCGUUCUGCUGGCACACUGUGCUCAACAGAUAAAGUCUUGGCUACCAGACUGUGAUCCUGUGGUGAUCACUUAUUUUUGCAACCUGUCAAUCAACCCUUCCCCGUGGCACCUGUUGUCGAGCCUGCUUUAUCAAAUUGUCGGUAGAUAUCACAGCGACCUGGACGAUCUGAGCUGCAUCACUGACCUCAGCUGUAACCCGACAUCCAACAUUUGUCAGUCUGAGAUUAAAGAGCGUCUUUCAUCCCUCCUCUCCUCCAAACCCUCUAUCAAACAGCCUCUAGUUCUGAUCCUCGAUGGCCUGGAUCACAUGGAAAACAACUGUGGAGGUCAGAUCAUAGAGAGCCUCCCGUCCCCCCUUCCUCCCAGCGUCAAACUCAUCCUCACAGUCUCCUCCAACCGAACGCAAGUCCUGCAAGCCAUCAACCCACAAAGAAGUCCACCUCAGAGUGUGUCAGAGGGCAGCGAGAGGGAGUCGGGAUAUGUGUGUGUUCAGCUGGGAUCGGUGAACAGGAAACAGUGUGCGAAGAUGUUGGCGUCACUGCUGAGCAGUUCAGGGAGGAGGGUGACGUCAGGACAACAGGCGCUGGUGAACCAGGCGCUGACUUCCUGUUGUCUGACUCUCUACUCUCGUCUCCUGCACCUGCACACCUCGCUCUGGCACUCUGAUUCAGAUGUGACCGAGUCGUCUCUCCCUGACGGCGUCCACUCAUCCAUUUCUGCGCUGCUGGAUCACCUCGAGCAGAAACACGGCUCCUCCCUCGUGGCCCGUGGCGUCUCCUACCUCACUCUCUCCAGGACCGGGCUCACUGAGGCCGAGCUCGCCGAUCUGCUGUCCAGCGAUCACGCGGUGCUGACUGAGUAUGCUCAGCGGGAUGAGAGCCCUUCCUCCAAUGUGAGGGUCCCACAAGUCGACGUGGAGAGACUUCUGUUGGAUCUGAGGAGGUUUCUCAUUAGGAGGACAGUUGCGGGGUCACGUGUUUUGCUCUGGGCGAGCAGGCAUUUCAAGCUGGUGGUGGCUAAGAGGUGUUUAGGCACUUGUGAGGUGAGGAGGGAGAUUCACUUAGCGAUGGCGGACUAUUUCAGUGGCCAACUGUCUUGUGAAGUUGCAAAACCACUUCUUGUAAAGCAGAAAUCUGGACCAAACAAGGACACCGCCCAAAUGGAAAUAUACAUUGACAAGCAGCCACCCAGCCAGCCGUUUGUCUUCACCUCUUCUUUCAAAGAGGUCGGCCGAGUGAACCUCAGGAAGAUCUUAGAAUUGCCGCAUCACUUGCAAGAAAGCGACCAAUGGGGGGAGUUGGAGCAUGGACUGUUAAUGUCUUUAAAUUUUCACCAGGCUAUGGUUCAAGCAGGACUCCUGGGAGAUCUGAUAGCCAUGUUGGGGAGUGAGGAGGGGUCAUCUUACUUCUGUUUGUCAAGGGAAAGAGCACUCCUAGCAAGCAUAUUAAAGUCUUGUGUUUGCUUACUGCGGAGCUCACCCCUGCAGCUGCCCUCAGUGAUGGAGACGAGCCUCCUGCCUUAUCUGGAGUUCUUUCCUGCACUCCAAGGUUACGCCAGAGAGAUCAGACAGGAGAGGAGGAAGAGAGGAAGCGGAUUAGGAGUAGCGCUUUGCCCAGCUACCUCCUCUGUUCCCCCCACACAGCAGUUAAAAUGUGGCGCCAAAACUAAGGAUGUCUCUGUUAGAGAAGCAGCUGGGACAGAGUGUGGGAUCGUAGCAGAGAUCAUGGAUGAUGGCACGGCUUGGAUUUGGAAAGGCUCCGGGUGCGGCGUGGUCAAACUAUCGCUGAGCUGUGAGCAAGAGGAGCUGAGGUUUGCAGGAGUGAAGAGCAGCGGUCAAUUCAUGCUGCUUUCCACACGAUGCAACAAGCUUUUCUUGUGGGAUGUGACGGGCCCGGAGAUGUUUCUGCAGGUUAAUAAAGACCCUUUAAAAACAGACAAAGUUGAGGGGUUUGUUGCACGACAGAAAAAGUUAUUUAUGUGGUGGAAAGAGAAGAGUUUUGUGAGUAUGUUUGAUGUCUCCAGUGAGACCUUGACUCAUUUCCAGUGUCAGAGCGACGUGACCUGUUUGGUAUGCUCCUCUAAUGGCUGUUACAUGUACUGUGGGCAGGAGGAAGGCACAGUGUCCAUAUUUGACACAAACACCGGCAGCCUCCUCGGCAACUGUUCAAACUCAAAUCACAAUGCGGUCACAUCAGUGAUUCUGUGUGAAGAUAAGUGGGAAAUGGCAUGUGUUGACAGGACAGGCAGUGUAACCCUAUGGGAUGUGGCGGCCAAAAGAAAGCCACCCAGACUUGUCACAGAGAGCUUUACUGGGGGUAAAUCUAACAACAUCCUUAAUGUAGAUUACUCAGAUGAAAUCGGCACUUUAUUGGUGUGUCAAUCUCACCAGGUUGCAUUGUGGGAUACAUGUGACUGGGAGCUGUGGGACCAGUUCUCGGCUCCACAGGAGAGGGCCUUCACUCAAGCCGUGCUCGCCCAGGGCGGCCACCUUUUCCUGGCUUUGUUAGACGCCUGUCCCUUUGUCUUAGUGUGGAGGGUCAGCACAGGGGAGUGCGUUCUCUCCUUAGAAACAAACACGCAGCCUCCUCAUACGCUCCUCAAAACGGCCUCAGAUGUCGUUUGCGUCGCUCACGACGGCGGCCUGACAGUGUGGGACUCUGGGAUGAUAGACGCUGCAGGUGCAGCUCCGAAAAUGGGGCGUGGAGUGAAAGAAGUGGUGGUUGAGCGAACAGGCUUCUACACCUCUGAUGGGUCGGAGACGGUGUGGAGAUGGAGAUUAGAAACGGGACUUCCGCACGCUAACUUCCUACAUGAUGGUCCCGUGGAAAAACUGCGUCUUUCCCCGGAUCACAUCCACCUUGUGACACUCUCAGCUGGUGAAAUAUACAUCUGGCAGACAGAAACAGGUCAGAAUGUCCUGCGCGUGAGUGGCAGCAGAGCGACAGACAUCCUCAUCACCCCCAACAGUAACUUCGGGGUCGGUAUUUCUGAUCGAGGGUUGUCUCGCGUUUGGAGGCUGGCACAUGGGAGCAUUGUAUGCAACAUACACCCACACCUAUCUGACGCCCAGGUGACGCCUGAGAGCACCUUCCUUAUUGGCCUUCGCCGUGGAGAUCUGUUAGCCGCCAGUCUGUGGUCAGGCUCGAUCAGCAAGCGUUUCUCCUGCGUGGACAGCUCGGAGCACGUUGUCGCUUUCCACACACUUUCAGAACACCCAGAGUUUGUGGUGGUGAUGGGCGCCUCGGGGGCGGUGUACACCUGGAAGGUAGCAGAGGAGACGCUGUGCAGACACUUCCAGCUGCCCUAUAGGUUUCACUGUCAGCCACAAGAUUUCCAAAUGUCCUCUGAUGGGAGCUACGCCCUGCUGUCCACUGAUAAUGAAGCUGUCAACCUCUUGGACUUAUCUCAGGUCAGACUGUGCUCAUUCAAGGCUGAGGGUCCUGUCGUUAACGCUUGUUUGGAUAAAAUUGGACGCUACGCUGCCUAUAUAUCCCGCCCCACCACCACAACCACCACCACCCUGGAGAAAAACUGUCACCUGCACACGAGGCCCGUCCUCACCGUUGUACGACUCACAGACGGGGAAAGAAUAGGCAGUGUGUGUCUGGCUCAGAAUCCGUCGACUCUGUUUGUGAGUGAGCAGCAGUGUGUGUUUGUGGGAUUUGAGGACGGGUCCGUAGGUGUGUAUUCAAUCUUAGAUGGCACGAUCAACGGAGAGGAGUCGGUCAGGUGCAGAGAGAAUUUGACUGGUCGGUUGAAGCAAUGCCCCUUUGACAGAGCAUUCAGCUGGUUACCACUACCAACUCCCAAUAUUACAUGGCCUUAAAGGAACAGUGUGUAGCAUUUAGGGGGAUCUAUUAGCAGAAAUGGAAUAUAAUAUUCAUAACUGUUUUCAUUAGUGUAUAAUCACCUAAGGCUAAGA